CGUUCAAUACGCUCAAUCUUCUAACGCUCUGUCUUCCAACUUGGCAUCCAGGGAAUUGCAGGCUAUGCUACACCUAUUUUCCACCAGAUACGGUGGUCAAUACUCCCAUCCCUGUCUGCAGCAGAGUAGCACGCAUCUUUCGUUUCUUACACUGCCAUGGACGAUCAACUGGAAAACCCGGCUCAGUCUGGGGAGGCAGAAGACACCUCAAAAAGAGCCAAGCUUGCCAUGAAAAUGAGGAAAAGCAUGGGGCUUAACCAGGAGCCCGCGGACGACCAACUAGAAACCUCAGCCCAGCCUGGGGAGUCAGAAGACAUCUCUAAAAGAGCCAAGCUUGCCAUGAAGAUGAUCAAAACCAUGGGACUUAAUCAAGAGAUGAUAAGAAGUAUCGUCACAUCAUGGCUUGUUCCUCAGUUCAAACCAGAGAUCAUCGCGGAAUAUGGCCAACAUCUCGCCAAAAUUCAUGACGUAGGGUUUUUAGGAGUAUCGAACACCUCCACCGAGGUAUCAAGGCCAUUUCGAAUGUUCGACAUUGCCGAUGGCAUGCUUGUUGAAGAUAUUGACCCCUCCGCACCAUAUUGUAUGGUGUCACAUCGUUGGAAAGAUCCAGAAAUCAACCUCGAUCUGCUUCAAAGAGUCAAAAAGAAAGUUUCAAAGUCUUAUCCUACUUGGUACAAUACAGACCGGACUGACGUUGAAAUGAUCCUCAAGUAUUGCAAAGAAAAAAUUCAGAAGCAAAGGAAAAAGGUCAAUGGCUGCGCCGUGAAGAACAGGCUUGAUGAGAAGUUAGCACAAAAAGACUGCUACGUCUUGUCUCUUCUUCGGAUGUAUCACCACAGCAAAAAGAUUCGUAAAGAGGUUAAAGAUGCUCAUUCUCACUUAGAAAAGAUGAUACGUGAUAAAAAGGUCACAGAUAUGGAAAGCAGAGUUUUCAGAGACCUCAGCAAUAAAGCAAAGUAUAACAUUGACGACACUGGAAUCAGAGCUUCACUGGCCAAUCCUGAAGAGCAACAGCCUGCAAUUGAUGAUACGGAGGACGAUAUAGAUGCAAUUAAAGCAGCUUAUGAGAGGGUAUUUGAUGCCGAGUGGGAACGCGAUAAACAUUCGGACGAUGCUAAAUUCGAUGCCCUCAGCCGUGAUCUACGUGAGAUGGUAGAGAAAAUGGUUCGCUGUUUACGUCUAUGGAGAUCUGCCAUCAAGAUCGAGCAAUCGAUUCUAAAGGUUGGAGAAAUAUUCAGGCGAGGUCUAGUACCAGGGUAUAAACAACAACAGAAAUUCUAUGUGUGGCUUGAUACCUGCUGCAUCGACAAGAGCAAUCAUAACGAGUAUUCCGAAUCAAUGUCGCUAAUGGGAGAUUGGUAUGCCCAAUCUGCUUUUACUCUAGUACACUUGGACACCGGAUUUGAUAAAUUGCCUGACAAGUCUGAUGCUGAAAUUUACUGGGAUGAGUAUUUGCAGACAGAUGGCGAUUAUCACAAACUUGAGACCAUCGCCAAUCGAAGGACAGACUCGAUUCAGAAAUAUGAGGAUAUCGCGAAGGAACCAGAAAUCGAAUGGUCGACCCGAGGAUGGACACUGCAGGAGCUUGUUAUGAGUAGGAUGACUUAUUACGUCAAUGCUGAUUGGCGACUAUUACCGCGGCCUGUUGAAAAUCUGGGGCGAGCAUACCAUCUUAUUCCACACAUGGGGCUAUAUACCAACCUCCUCGGCGUCAAACCCACCCCGAAUGCGUGGAAACCAGAAGUUCUCAUGACUGCUCUGUUGAAUUGUGGAGCUGUUCAGUACACAGAGGCGAUUAAGGCUGUUUAUCCUAGAAUCGAGCAAGAAUCUGAUGAAGAAGAGGUUGAAGAAGGCUUCUCUCUGAGUAAUGCUCUGUUGGCCUCGAUUGCAAUGCCUUGGAACAUAAUGGAUACCGUUUUCCAUGUUACGAAGCCAGAACCUGCCCAAAAUGAGAAAACAAAAGUCAAAUUCUCCGGAGAUGCCUUACUACGCGAAAUUGCUGUCAUAUGGGAUCAGAAUCUGGCGAGUCAAUUUCCUCAGGUCGAGGAAAAUGGGAAGAAUAAAGAAAAACAGAAAGCUUAUAAAGUAAAUGAGCAUCUUCGCCUUGAAGAUAACUUGAACGCAGAGGAUAGAGUCUCACAUGCACUUUCUAUCAUCAAAGCUCUUGAGCUGGUGGGGCUUUGUUUUCCUAGGGAUAUAUCUUCUGAAACGGCAAAAACCGAGAUCGCACAAGCAGUUUUCUUUGCCACCAUGGCAUUGGCUGAGUGCUAUGAGCAAACUAAAUAUCCAAUGGUUAUUCGAGAAGUGGCAACACAAGAGAACAUGGGCAAGAAACGAAGCGACAGAGAAGAGAAGGCUAUUUUGAAGCAAAAGAGAGAAAUCGAAAAGAGAGUGAAGCUCGAAAUAAGGAAGAGGCUUUUCCAAGAGCUUCUGGAUUCGUUUCCCGAAGCAAAAGAGCAUUAUUCUAUUGAAACUAUCGAAAGCUUGGAAGAAAAGGAAGAGGCAAUUGCCAAGACUUUUGCACAUAUCUUACAUGUCCUGGUCGACGAGGUGAACGAUUUGAUCCUGGACGAUCGGCAAUACAUUGCCGAGUUUGGAAAUAUCACUCUUUUGGAUUCGUGGGUAGAUGGAACGCGCAGACAUGGAUUUACCACACAAGAGGUCAUGGCGUUGGCAUGCAAGCGAAAAACUACAAAGUCAUUUGAUCGCGCAUACUCGUUGAUGGGUAUCUUGGGCGUUCGUUUUCCAACAUUUCCUGCCGAAGGAUAUGAGAAAGCACUUUGUCGGCUGUUUGAUGAAACAGUCACUAGUCGUAACGACGUCUCUGUUUUUAACUGGGCCGGCUAUAGCAAAGGAAGCUCAAUUCGCGGGCGCUCAAUGUACCCUUCGACUCAAGAGGCAUACCAAAUCAAGAACAGCCGUCUUCAUAGCCGCAACUCUAUGGCUGAAACCGAGAAAGACAAAAUGUUGCAAACUACGAGCUAUUACCAUGCUCUUGUCUCACUUUUGCGCGACUUGAUUGAGUUUCUCAAGAAAACCGUACCAGCGAAGCAGGUGGUCGAAUGGAUUGGCUACAUUUCUGCCAUCAUCUAUUCUUUUGAUCUAGAGAAUCUGAAAGCUGCCCCAACUGCCGCUGAGAAAGCAGAUAAACUGAGCGGCCGCAGCAAUAUCUCAAAUGGAGCUAAUGCACUGCCGUAUGAGAUUGAAGUCCUCAGCAAAUUCAUCGGAUAUAUCAUUAAUGGACCAGCCCAAAUCAAACCCGAUCCAAAUAGGCUGUUGUCGAGUACAGCGAUCAGAAAUCCGAGAUUUGAAGUUGACAUAAAUCCAGAUAUCCCGCCAGUGUUGGAUCCGCCUGCUCAGAUACCAGUUAUUAAUAACGAGCAACUUGGGCGUGAUUUCGACCCAAAUACGAAUCAAACGGAAGGUAUCUCACCACCGGAACCAGUAGAUGUUCCAUUACCAACAGAAGACCGAGAAAAUGAGAGUCCUACUGUGGGUAGAAAGAGCAGAUUUGUCGAGCAGCUUUCAGAAGCAGGUUCGGCUCCGGUGCCACUUGUAAUAGGCGACAACGACACAUCACAAAUUAGAAGCAAUAUUCCUUUAAGUGAAAAUGAUGAAAUAUCGAGGUACCUUCAGAAUUGGGCCACAAAAUCUCUUCGAGGCGUCAGAGAAGACCCAAGUUUCUUUGAGACCCAGAUACCAGCUAAAGUGCAGGGGAUACGGCAUAAAAUUGAGAAACAGCAUAGGGAAAAUGGUGUUCAAAGGACAGCUAGUUUUGGUUCGCCCAAUAUGGUCUCACCGCAUCCCAUCAUUGUUACCAAUGCAGGCAUUGAGAGUAUAUUUGACAUUCAGCGCGUCAUCGUCACGAUGGCUGAUCUUCAAGGUCUACGGCAACAAGUCGAGCAUGCAACAAGUCCAGAUCAAAUUAUCUCUGGCUAUUGCUCGAUUAGCACUGGAUUUGCACAAGUUAUUGUCCAGUUCUCUUGCAAGAGCGAAAUAUUGAGAAAACAGCUGGAAGUCAUUGAUGGGAUUGACUUUCGCGUGAUGAAGGAGCAGAACAAAAAGGAAGAUAAAAAGCGAGAACAUAAGAUGACAAGUAAGGUUUUAUGGGAAAAAAUGAAAAAGGAAAAGAAGAGCCGGGAAGAAAAGAAGAAGAAGAAAGACAAGAGAGAAGAGUCCGAACCCGACCAAGUCUUCUCUGUGGAUUUAGAAGAAGUCAAUGGCGAAAACGAGGCAGUGAAUAAUGUUUCUGGAGAAGCCCAAUCUCGUGACCUGGACGAAGAGAAGACCAUCAAUCGCAUGAUCAAAUUUAUCCAGGAAGAUGAUUUACGACUUGUUGCAGGCGAAUGGGUCCUUGCGAGAUGCUCGGGCGUGGCCAAUGCUGACUGGUUCCUCUGUCAUCUCGAACUAGGCUCUACACAUCCGUUCUAUGGUUACCGCAUACCAACAAGCGAGAUUGAUUUCAAUAAUUGCAUCCCCGAAGAUGGAUUAGUGACUGAGUGGAACAGAUACAUGAACCGAAAGAAAGAGGAAAUGUGCAAAAUCCUGGCGACAUUCCUUAAAUCCAAAGAGCAUAAACUCAAAAGAAGGAGGCUUGUGGGUCGCAUUAUGCGUGAUCUUGCACCGCUGGAUGAGAAAGCUGAGGAGGAGCUUCAGGAAACUCCAAGAAGCAGUUUGGAGAGGAAUGGAACGAACGGGUUGGAGAUGAACGGAACGAAUGGUUUGGAGGGGGUUGAAACCCAUGAGGAACAUGUCAAUCCUAUUCAGCAUGAGUAUGACUAUCUGGAUGACUUUGCUGAAAACAGGAACGAUGACAACACGAAUGAUGCUGGCAGGUUAACGCAGCCAUUUUCAGAGCUGUACUCCCAAGAUUCCAUAUCAAGCGUGCAACACGAUGACGUAUGGUCAGCUCUACAAGACCCCAAUUCCCAGUAUUCCACCACAAGCGUCGAAGCACAAGAUAUGUGGGGUAACCAGGAACUUCGCCCCGAAGACUCCGUAUCAAACUAUGGAGAUCGAGACUCGAGGCCAAGCCAAGAGCCACCAAGCACAUCUUUCGACUCCAUGACAGUCACAGGGGGGAAUGUAGUAGUGGAAGUAGAAGAAGAAGAAGCGGAAGAGAAAUCUAAACUCUGGGACUAUCUGCCUCUGAUUGAAAAGGUGGCUGAAAAGACGGCGAAACAUUAUGAUAAACAUUUGAGCGCUACUGUGUUGAAGGAUACGCCUACAGUUUUGAGGCAGGCGAUUGAGAAUUUGAAUGACAAUAGGGACUUUUUACCGGCUAUGUUUCACUCAGCGAAGAAAAUCCACAUGUUUUAGAUAUAAUAUGAGGAAAUACAUAUUUAUAUACUAUUUGGAGUUUGAAUCAAUUUUUUCCCCAAUGUAGAUAUAUCACGGAUCAAAAGCGUAUAACACUCCAUACUAGGUCAUAACUUCACCGCUUAGUGUGAGUACCCCGUAUUGCCAUUCUAUUCCAUCUUCUUCUCUUGAAAAAGCUUCAUACAAUUUUAACCCCGACGAAACCGUAGCGGAUUCCGGUGCGAGCGCUCCACUCUCGGCAGAGGUACAUAAGGCCUCUCAUACUCUGGAUCAAAAGCAUCCCUUACAAUGCCCAUAGUCCACGCUAAGUUAUCCUCUCCAGAGACAAAGAGAUUGUC